CCCAGCUGUUUUGGCGGCAACGAGUUUCGGUCUGAAGCAAAACAAUGUUUAUUUAAAUAAAACGCAAUUUAAAUAACGGCCCAAGUAUGGCGCAUGAGAGCGCUGUGCACGAGGCGCUCAAAAAGCAUUUCGGCCACUCGAAAUUUAAGUCGGAUCUACAGGAAAAAGCCGUGAAGUGCGCUGUCAAAAAAAAGCAGGAUGUAUAUGUGUCGAUGCCCACGGGCUCGGGUAAAUCCCUGUGCUUCCAAUUGCCUGGUUUGAUGUCAGAGAAUCAAAUAACCAUUGUUUUUUCUCCACUUCUGGCUUUGAUCAAGGAUCAAAUAGAUCACUUGACCAAACUAAAAGUGCCGGCGGAUUCUUUGAACUCCAAGAUGAGCACCAAAGAAAGGGAUCGUGUUAUAAUGGACUUAAAGGCCGUGAGGACCAACCUGAAGUUUCUCUAUAUAACGCCGGAACAGGCCGCCACCAAGUUUUUCCAAGACCUACUGCAUACCCUACAUAAACACAAAAAGCUUGCCUACUUUGCAGUCGACGAGGCGCAUUGUGUUAGCCAAUGGGGACACGACUUUAGACCGGACUAUCUAAAGCUGGGGGAGCUGCGUUCCAAAUAUUCCGACGUCAUCUGGUUGACCUUGACUGCCACAGCUUCUAGGGAAGUCAAGGAGGAUAUAUAUAAGCAGUUGCGCCUCCACCAACCCGUUGCUCAAUUUAGCACUCCUAGCUUCAGGAAAAACCUCUUCUACGACAUUGUUUACAAGAAUUCAAUCGAAGAUGACUUUCAGCACCUGGCAGAUUUCGCCAGACACUGUUUGGGCAAUCCGAAGGAGUUUAAGGAUACACCCAAGCCACAAAGAGGCUGCGGAAUUGUAUAUUGUCGGACUCGAGACCAAGUAGAGCGCAUGGCGAUAGGAGUAACUAAACAGGGAAUCGGAGCAGUGGCCUAUCAUGCUGGUCUGAAAACAGGAGAACGUACAGAAGUCCAGGAAGCGUGGAUGCGUGGUGAUCAGCCCAUUAUAUGCGCAACCAAUAGUUUUGGAAUGGGUGUGGACAAACCAAGUGUGCGCUUCGUUAUCCACUGGGAUGUACCCCAAAAUGUGGCCGCUUAUUAUCAAGAAUCAGGUCGCGCUGGACGCGAUGGCUUGCAGUCAUACUGUAGAUUAUACUACGGACGCGAAGACGUCCGGAGCAUACGUUUCCUUCUUCAAAACGAUGCCCACAGAGCUAGGGGUCGUGGUGACAAAGAGCUGCUUACGGAGAGAGCUAUCAAACAAUUUGAAAAGAUCACGGAAUUCUGCGAGCGAACAACAUGCAGGCAUAAACUCUUUUCGGAUUUCUUUGGAGAUCCACUUCCAGAUUGUAAUGGGCAAUGCGAUGUUUGCAAGCGUCCCAAGAAAGCGGAAAAAGCUCUGGAGAUGUUCCAUCGAUUAUGUAUGGAUGAUGCUUUUAAGUCGCACAUUUCGCUACAGGAUUGCGCAGAUCUGUAUGAGGGCGGCCGACCAGGUAUGAAGCGUGCUGCCCAGGAGUACGCAGGCGGUGAAUCCGGCUCAGAUGACGAUUCUGGCCAGAGUCACUCAUCAAUGGCCAAGAGAGCCAAAAAGGAAUCGCAGGAUUUCAUUAAGCAGCAGUUCAAUCUUCGAAAGCAAAUCAGUGCAGCAAGGCAGUUGGAACAGGAAACAGCUGCUCAAAUAUCUCGCGUUCGAAUGGCAGAGGCCACUGAAAAGAAAAUCGCAGGUCUUCAGGCCACUCAUCGGGAAAAAUAUUUGACAGCUUUAAUCGACGCCCUCAAGGCCAAUGUGGACAAGUGCAAAGAUGAGCCAGAGCAGCAGACAAAAAGUGUACUAAAAUACAAUGACUAUGAGGCAAUGGCGGUGGAUAUGGAAUAUGACGUGUUUCGCCAGAAUAAGGUGGCCAAUAUGUACCGACAUGCUUUAGUUAAAGAGAUAUCCACAAUCAAAAAACUCACAGAACAGACUAAAUUAUUGCCUCUCUUGGUGGACUAUAUUCCGAAGCCUGAAACAAGUUCUAAAGGUGCUUGGACAGGUGGAAGCGUGGCCUACUUUGAGCGGAAACUCAAAGAACUAGAAGGACAAAGGCCACAAAGCCUUAAGGAGGUUCCAAAAGCCCUAAAGGACAGAAAGGGUUUUAAACAGGAAAAUAGCAAGCAGACUUCAAUUUCGUCUUUUUUUAAAAAAGAAAUUAAAGAAGAACCAAUAGACUCGUCAAUUCAAGAAGAACGUGUAAAUAUUAAAAAUGAACCUGCGGAUAAUCAGAUGGAUUUAGAAGAAAGCGCACCUAAAGAUAUUGCUUCCAAUCCUGUUAAGGAGGAAUCCGUGACCCCAGAAAGUUCUGAUCGUGAGCUUGAACUCCAACCCGACAGCUUAAUUGGAGAAAGGAAAUUUAAAUUGAUGUCAAAUGGUGAUGGAAGCUAUGACACUCACCGCAGGAAAAGAGUUUCGCAUGAAACUCAACCCAAAGAGAAGGAGUCAAGUAAAACAAAGUCCAGUAUGCAGCAUCUUUUUGGUUCCCUUAAAAGCGAGUCAGAGGAUUCUAACCAAUCUUCGAAUGGUUUUAAAACUGCUCGACAAAUGCUCGAAGAAAAUAAUGGAAAACUCGAGGGUGUACCUGAAAAAUUACCUACUAAGGAUGGCGAAAAGAGAGUUUUAGAAAGCAGGGACGAUUCUAUUGGAUUUAUUUCAGCCAGGGAAAUGUUAGAGAGAAGCAAAGAAAAGGAAGGGGGCGAUAAGUCAAACAAAAAACUCGAAAAACUUGGAUUUAUUUCAGCCCGGGAAAUGCUGGACAAGAAAGACGUUAAGGAAAUCAAAUUAGAAAGUAGGGAAACCAAAAGAUCACUACAAAACAACGAAUUACAACAUAAGAAAGAGGAAUACCGUAAAGACAUAGCAUCCCGCAGGAAAUCGUCGAAGGAAUCAUUAUCAAACUUGAAGAAGGAAGGAUCCGACUCCAAAGUUUUGCAAAAGGAUACAAAACCAGAAAAGAACCAUCAAAAAACCGAUGUCAGCAAAAAUGUGGUGCAGUGGCUCAAUCCGUAUUAUAAACGAAAAAUAGCCACCAAAGAACUUUUCAAAGCUUUGGCAAAAUUGCUCACUCAGCGCAUAUGUGAUGGUAGCUUGGGUGACGGCGAUGCUGGAAAGUGCUAUAUAAAGGAAACCUUUCAUGGCCUGCAGAUGAUAAACAACGAUCAGGACAUUGAAAAAUAUUUCAUAAAAUCCAAGUGACUAAAAAACUCCGCUUGAUUUUUUCACGACACAUUGUUUCGCCUUGUUAACAGUUGUAGCAUAUUUUUUUUCGUUAAUAACUAUUUUUGUAUAUAUUAAGCACAUUAAUUAUCAAUAAUACAUUUAAAUACGA